AUGCAUCAUACUACUACAGGAGAGGAUGUAUUCGUUUCUGUUUUUAAACUCUUGAAAAAAUAUGAUUUACCAUUGGCAAAGUUAUCGUCUGUGGCUAUAGAUGAAGCUCCUUCUAUGACAGGGAAAAAUGAAGGUUUCGUUGAAAGUUUGCAAAAAAAGGCUAAUGAAAAUGUUGAACAUACAUUUCAUAAGACACGUUGUAUUAUACAUCAAGAGAUGUUAUGUUCAAAAGUUAUUAAUAUGACACAUGUAAUAAGACCUGUAAAACACAUGGUCAAUUUUAUAAGAUCCCGUGGUUUGAACCAAAGAAAAUUUUCGAUUUUUUUAAACGAUUUAGAAAGUAAAUAUUCAGGUUUACCACACUUUAUGAAGUACGAUGGUUAUCAUGGUUAUCGAUGGUUAUGCUCAACUUUAUUUGAAAGAUUCUGGAAGUUAAAAGAUUCCAUACAAAUAUUUUUAGAAUCUAAAGAACAAGACGUCAGCAUUUUGUUGGAUCCAAUGUGGUUACAAGACCUAUCCUUCAUGGUCGAUAUUACGAAGCAUUUAUCGUAUUUAAAUUUAAAAUUACAAGGGAAAGAUCAAAUUAUAACAGGCAUUAAUGACCAUGUUAAGGCUUUCAUAUGUAAAUUAGAUCUAUGGAAAACACAAUUACAAAAUGAAGAUUUAACGCAUUUCCCAACUUGCGUGACGUAUAAAACAAGUAAUAAUGAACCAAUUUCCUACAAAAAAUAUUCAGAAAAAAUUAUAUGUUUAAAAACUAAAUUCGAAAGUAGGUUUCAAGAUUUCAAAUAUUUAGAAAACGAUUUUGUCUUGUUCGUGUCUCCUUUUUCAAUAAACGAAGUAGAAGUUCCAGCACAUAUACAAAUGGAACUGAUCGAUAUUCAAAAUGAUUAA